CACUACUGCCGUAAGACAAGUGCUGUAUUGUGACAACAAGCCCCAUGAUUCCCGACGCCUGCUCAGCGGCUUAAAGAUAUCGAUCUAUCGGAGGGACUGAGUUUCCCUUACGGUAAAACGAACGUUGGGGUAGCCGCCAUUCAUUAUAGAUGUCAUUGGCGAAUUCAGCAAGUGUUGUGACUGCAGUGCCAGAUUGGUUUUACUUUUUGUCAACUUUAUUCUUUACAAAUCAAUACAUUAUUCUGAAACCAGGUAUGUAUAUAACCAUUUUUUAACUAUUAAUUUGAGGAGAUUUUUGCAUGCAAUUAAUGUUAAUUUUAUUAUACAUGUAAAAAUUGUGUACGUCAUGAAUUUAGCUUUAAAUUACAUUGUUCACAAAACAGAUUUUACAGAGGAAUAAAAAUAUCUCUUUAAGUAAGUUGUUAUUAACUUAGGCUCUCAUCAAUUUAUGAAUUCACUGCGCCGAAUAUAACAGAAAUAAGAUUAUUUCAAUUAUUCUAUCUAUUUGAUAGACGUUUAGAUUUUUUAAAUAAAAAAAAAUUGAUUUAAACAACAAUGAAUAAAUAAAGUUCAAAUCAGGCGAAAUUAAAUCGCUUUUCAAAUUUUUUUUUUUUUUUUUGCGUUUCAUUUUCAUCUUUCGAAUUUUCUGAUAUGCUCUAGUAUUGCAUCGUGUUUUGGUUGUCAUGUGCACUGCACUGUUAAGGGCAAGUGAGUGCGUCGUAUGAUUUUAGUUGGUUGUUGACCAUUUAAAGGUGUACAUUUCAGUGUUUUAGAGACAUUGGCUUUAAACAUUGCUAUACUAAUCACAAAGCAGUGCGAUGUGUGAUCCACGGAUGAAUGCAUGAUUGCUGUGGAUACUUGACUCUACUUGCCAUUUAAAAGUCUGAGCAACGGAAAGGAUUUUUAGGUCAUUGUGCACAAUAUUUGAAUCUGUUACCUGAAGAGAAUCAAAUGGCAGGAAUAAUAUUUGAAUCUCUGUUACCUGAAGAGAAUCAAAUGUCAGAAUGAUCCUGAAAGGCCACGGACACUAAAACAUGUCAGUGCAGGCUGCGGGUUUAGAGCGAGACCUCACGUGUAUAGUCCGUAUGUAAUUUCAGAAGAAUAUUCACAUAUUACAGUAUAUGUUUUUCAAAAUAAUUGUUUCCCCUUAAUAUGUGAACCUUCUAAGGUAGUGAGGCUGGCAAUCAUCAGUUCGCUAUCAAAUAAAGACGGUUUGAGGCGAAAGAGAAACGAAACUCCUUCUAGAAAGCUCACUUACCUUGUGGCUACAACCCCCACCCUUUUUUUUUAAAAGGGCGUAAACUACGACUCCACUCAGGGAGUGUGAAAUUUUACUCAGUGCAGGGCAGGGGCAAAUAUUUAGGGAACCCAAAGAUGUGAUAAGUAAAAAAAAAAGGCUCAAAGAUCAAACUUUGAAAGCAGAGGCAGAGGAAAGGGGGGGGGGAGGACUGAAAACUCCGGCAAACACCUGCUUUGGUCAUGUGUCCAAGGUGUAUUGAUAAUUCCGAUGUAGUUCCCGAGGGUUCACCAGCUGCUUAGAUAGGAAGUAUGAUGAAUUGGAAACAGUUGAUUCUCCAUCAAACACGCUUUUUUUCUGGGCUUCGCAUUUCGUUGGAAAUAUUUCCCGGGAAAUGACAUCAUUUUCUCUUGGAGGUGGAUGAAAGAAAAAUUAAUUGUAGACAUUUCAAUUUCCAUCACGUAACAUGCUUUCUCAGAACUAUUUAAGUAAUUUGGAAACAUUGCUGUGUUUAGAACCUAGCGCAGUGAUUUCCUUUGUUGUUACGCUGAUGUUGUAGCAACCAUUCCAACGCUCGCAUUGGUCAUUAGUAGUUUGGAAUUAUUUGUCCCACGCUACUCAUUUUCAUUUUCCACUUUUUUUUUUUUCCAUCGAAGAUGAUCUCAUCUGAUAGUUUAUGAAUCUUAUGAAUUUUUCUGUUCGUCAUUAGAAUUUGGUCUUUUCAAACUUCAAACAGACAAAUACAGCAAAACUCAUUGUUAAAAUUUACAGUAGAUUUAAAGAAUCCUGCAUCCGUAUUCUUCUUUAUGACAACAAUAAAGGGGACUAUACCAUCCAAAUAAAAAGGAUUAUACCAUCAAAAUAAAGAGGACUAUACAAUCCAAAUAAAGAGGACUAUACCAUCCAAAUAAAGAGAACUAUACUAUCCAAAUAAAGAGGACUAUACCAUCCAAAUAAAGAGGACUAUACCAUCCAAAUAAAGAGGACUAUACCAUCCAAAAAAGAGGACUAUACUAUCCAAAAAAAGAGGACUAUACCAUCCAAAUAACGAGGACUAUACCAUCUAAAUAAAGAGGACAUACCAUCCAAAUAACGAGGACUAUACCAUCCAAAUAAAGAGGACUAUACCAUCCAAAUAAAGAGGACUAUACCAUCCUAAUAAAGAGGACUAUACCAUCCAAAUAAAGAGGACUAUACCAUCCAAAUAAAGAGGACUAUACCAUCCAAAUAACGAGGACUAUACCAUCCUAAUAAAGAGGACUAUACCAUCCAAAUAAAGAGGACUAUACCAUCCAAAUAAAGAGGACUAUACCAUCCAAAUAACGAGGACUAUACCAUCCAAAUAAAGAGGACUAUACCAUCCAAAUAACGAGGACUAUACCAUCCUAAUAAAGAGGACUAUACCAUCCUAAUAAAGAGGACUAUACCAUCCAAAUAAAGAGGACUAUACCAUCCAAAUAAAGAGGACUAUACCAUCCAAAUAACGAGGACUAUACCAUCCAAAUAAAGAGGACUAUACCAUCCAAAUAACGAGGACUAUACCAUCCAAAUAAGACUAUACCAUCCCCAUACUAAUCUAUUUGCUAAUUAAGAAAGGAUUCAGUUCUCUGUUUGAGAGAAAGUUUGACGCCUUGAGCCCCACUUUUUAACAUGGUUGGUUGGUAGGUUGGUUGGUUGGUUGGUUGGUUGGUGGGUUAAACGGCUAAACAAAGGUUAAAAUGUAAAACUAGAACAAAGUAGUGAAAAUAACUUGACUCGUAGAUCCAGUUUGAACUGGGAAUCCAAUGAAUAUGGCCAACAGGCCAUGUUGAUCAACUAAGUGUGUUGCGACUGCAUUUUGGUGGAACCUGCAAAAAUUCUACCGGUUAAAAUGACAUGACCUUGAAUCCACUGAAGGAAAGGAAGGUCAAUAUCAGAUCAGCAAUGUACAGAAACCUAAAGCUGACCUUUUGUAUGAUAAUUGUUUGGACCAUAAAUAUUAUGAUGUGCCCUGCAAGAAAUCUUAAUAGAAUAUCAUACAGGCACAUAUACAGGCACACACACAGGCACGUAUACUCACAGGCGCGUACAGAGGAACACACACAGGCACAUACACAGGCACACUCAAAGACACACACACAGCGAUACACAAAGGCACAUACACAGAUUCACACGCAGGCACAUACACAGGCACACACACAGGCACAUACACAGGCACGUACACAGGCACACAUACAGGAACAUACAUACGCGGGCACAUAUACAGGCACAUACACAGGCACAUACAUGCACGCAUACACUAAGGCACAUACACAUGCUGGCACAUACAAAGGAACACACACAGGCACAUACACAGGCCCAAACACAGUAAAACACAGGCACAUUCACACGUCAGCAUAUACAGAGGAACACACAUAGGCACAUACACAUUCACACACACAGGCACAUACACAGGCACGUACACAGGCACACAUACAGGAACAUACACACGCGGGCAAAUAUACAGGCACAUAGACAGGCACACACACAGGCACACACAGGCAAAUAUACAGGCACAUAGACAGGCACACACACAGGCACACACAGGCACAAACACAGGCACAUACACCGGUACACACAAAGGCACAUACACAGGCAUACACAGGCACACACAGGCACACACGUAGACACACACAGACACACACACAGGCACAUAGACAGGCACACACAGAGACACACACACAGACACACACACAGGCACACAGACAGGCAUACACACAGGCACACACACACAGAUACACACACAGACACAGAUACACUCACAGGCACACACACAGAUACACACACAGGCACACAGUGAGGCACACAUACAGGCAACCACGCAGAUAAACACACAGGCACACACACAGGCACACACACACAGACAGGCACUCAGACAGAUAACACACAGGCACACAGUCAGGCACACACAGGCACACACAUAGGCACAUACCCAGAUACACACACAUACACACAAAAAGAUACACACACAGGCACACACACAGGCACACACACAUAUAUACACACAGGCACACAGUAAGGCACACACACAGGCACACACACAGGCAAACACACAAGCUUACACACAGGCACACACACAGACACACAGACACACAGAGACGGUAAGGGAACCUUCAAGACAUUAAGUGAAAUUUUGAGACGUUAAGGACGGCAACGAGACUUUAAUGGAACCUUUGAGGCGUUAAGGAAACGUUUGAAAUUUUAAGGGAACACUCAAUCAAGGAUGUAUCAUUCAUAAAACUACAUAAACUUUUCAUAAAUCUCCUUAAAAUGAUACAAAUUUUGUUAUUCCCGAUACCACGUUACCGACUCAAGUGUUACGAGAAAAAUGAUAUCUACUGGCUGCACAUUUUUUUGGGAGGGGGGGAGGUGUUCCCAGAAUUCUUUUCUGAAAUUAACAUAAUUAUGUAACAUAUCUGUUUGGCGGGUGAUGUUCAGUGUACUAUAGACAAGAUGGCGGUUGUUAUUUGGGCUUCAAGCACUUACAUUACGGCCCUUAUUUAAAUAACCAUGCUUGACUCCAUGUUUAAAGCAAUUACCCUAUUUUAAGAAUACGUAAUUUGACAUUUCUUUCCUAAUCAUUAAAGGGAGAAAAAAAAGUAUUGACAAAGUAUUUAUUUAAAAGAUACAUUUCUGGUUAAUAUAAUUGCACGUUUUCUUAAUAAUGUAGUUGAUGUAUUAAAAUGUAUAAAAAUUUAAGCACGAGAGAAUUCCGGGAUCAAUCUAUUUAGAAAUUGCAGUCUGUGUUUUUCUUUUCCUCAAGAAAACGAUUUUUAUGGCAACUUUCACUAUACCAUUGACUCAACUUCUAGAUGACGCUAAGGACUAAACAAAACAGAUAGAGAAGCAUUGUCUAGUGAUGAGGACAUAGUAUUACCAUACCAGAUAAAUGCUGCGACUAAAAAAAAAAAGAACAAAACAGAUAGAGAACUGCUGUCUGGUGAUUGCGGCAGCGAACUUACGACGUCGGAUAUCGCCGGAGACCAAACAAAACAGCCAGAGAACCGCUGCCCGCCAGUGAUAACGACAUGCCUAUUUACGAUGUCGUGACAACAAACAAUGGCCGGCGGCGUCAACAAACGGCUUGUUUGUUCCUGGAAAUUUACAACCGUCGCACAUGCCAGUGCUACGUCUCCCACAGAUUACGGGAGGCAGGUACGGACGAAAGCUUAAACCUGGACGUAAGAGAAUUCAAGAGAAGGUUGAGGAGACCUGGGCAGGUCAUAAAUAGGAUUACAAAAAAAAAUGUGUUAAGGCUGUUGCGUAGCUCGUUAAUGUUAAAACUGAUUGACACCUUUUUGCUUUGAACAUUUUGUUUGCUAAAGGCAAUUUUUUUAACAUUCAUUACAUGAAGCAGUCUUUUUUUACAUGUAACAUUCAUUACCUUAAACAAUCAUUCUUUGCAUGUAACAUUCAUUAUCUGAAGCAGUCUUUUUUUACAUGUAACAUUAAUUUAUUUAAACAAACAUUCUUUACAUGUAACAUUCAUUACCUGAAACAAACAUUAAUUUCCUGAAAGACUCAUUUUUUACAUGUAACAUUCAUUACCUUAAACAAACUUUUAUUACAUGUAACAUUCAUUACAUAAAACAAACAUUCAUCACCUAAACCAAUCAUUUUUGACGUGUAACAAACAUUCAUUACCUGCAAGAACCAUUCACUACCUGUAACUAAAAUGUAUUGCAUCUAUCAAACCCUUAUUUCCCAUAAGACACCUUUAUCAGCUCAAAAAACAUUUUAAAAGCUCAAGCAUCGAGGCCUGCUAAAAAAAUCUUACUUUUUUUUUUUUUUUUUGUGUGGGGGGGGGGGGGGGGGGUUAAAUUUGACUGAAAUGAGUCGCUAAAUUUUCCUAUGAUCGUAGACUCAAGCCGUGUUCUUUGAGAAUUCACUUUCAAUUGAAAAGUUUCAACUAACUAACUCACAUAUUCUGGUGAGGGUCUGAGAUUACUCUCUUAAGACCCCGGCUAGUAAAUUGGCUACCAGCUCCAUCUUUUGACCUGAGCCAUACAUUUUCCUCACAAAGUGUUCUCCAACCGCCCUGGCUUGCCCCGGGAGAUCUAGUAAAGGACAUUCGUUCAACAGGUGCGCUAGUGUCGCAGGGACACGGCUGCAAUGCCGACAGGUAAGAUCCCUGUUGUUAUCCAGCCGCCAGAAAUAUAUGCCAAUGGGGCGAUGCUCGGUGCGCAUUUGCGUCACAAGUUCUGCUGUCUGCGGCCUAACCCCCACAACUUGUCUUGUUUGCUAGGAGUGGGUAAAAUUGAAAAGACGCCUCUGGCGGUCGCAUUGUCUUUCCAUUGCCUGUACCACCUUCGUCCUGAAGUGGUCCGCCAGCCAGUUCUUUCUCCCCAAAUAAGGUAUUGGUACUUCAAUGAUAAAAGUCUCUUCUAGCUUUGCUUACAAAAAAUUUCAAGAGCUCUGGCGUAAAAAUAACAGUAUAUUUUGAAAUUCGUUCAAUAUAAUGUACUGCAUUCUAUCCAAAGAGCUGUGAUUAAUCUAGUGUACAUUGUUCAGUCUCAUGCACGUUGUUCAAUCUCAUGCACGUUGUUCACUCUAGUGUAAGUUGUUCAAUCGUGUAUACGUUGCCGCAUGACCGAGGUUCCAUGAAGCAAGGGAUCCACGCAUAUCUAUUUUUAUUUCGACGAUUGCAACAAUAGGUUGGAUCGUCACCUCCUCAGGCCCACUGAGCCUUAAAGAAGAGUGUCCAGGUGGUGGCACCAGCUCUGCAUACUCUUGACUGGGAAGACAAUUUGUGUCUUCUUUUACGUCAGGGUUCCAUAAAACCUUUCCAGGUUAUGCGCCCCCCUCUGAACCGUUUGAAUAAGUCUCGCACCCCCACUUUGGUGAAAAAGGAUUUUAAAAUCGGUGGUGGAGGGUGGGGGUGGAAUGGUUUACAAAAAAGAAUAAAUGAUAAUAAAUGAAUGACUGCGUUAAAGCUGUGUGAAGGAAAUGAAAUAGUUAAACAAGCUGUGUGGAGGAAGUGAAAUAGUUAAACAAGGUGUGUGGAGGAAAUGAAAUAGUUAAACAAGGUGUGUGGGGGAAAUGAAAUAGUUAAACAAGGUGUGUGGAGGAAAUGAAAUAGUUAAACAAGGUGUGUGGGGGAAAUGAAAUAGUUAAACAAGGUGUGUGGAGGAAGUGAAAUAGUUAAACAAGGUGUGUGGAGGAAAUGAAAUAGUUAAACAAGGUGUGUGGGGGAAAUGAAAUAGUUAAACAAGGUGUGUGGAGGAAAUGAAAUAGUUAAACAAGGUGUGUGGGGGAAAUGAAAUAGUUAAACAAGGUGUGUGGAGGAAGUGAAAUAGUUAAACAAGGUGUGUGGAGGAAGUGAAAUAGUUAAACAAGGUGUGUGGAGGAAGUGAAAUAGUUAAACAAGGUGUGUGGGGGAAAUGAAAUAGUUAAACAAGGUGUGUGGAGGAAAUGAAAUAGUUAAACAAGGUGUGUGGGGGAAAUGAAAUAGUUAAACAAGGUGUGUGGAAGCUGGAAAUGAAAGACAGGGCAACAAGAGAAGAACGUUUCGGCUAAGACUGAGACUUCCUCUGCAGACAUGAAAGAUGACAAUACGGAAAAAAAAACAGAGCAAGUCGAGUGUUCGCCAUUGUUAUUGCCGCAAGUAGGACUUGAACAAAGAGAAAUCCAUCGUUUAUAAAAUAGAGCCUUCUUGACAAAUUUUGGGAUUCCAGACCUCCAGUUUGGGAGCCCCUGUUCUUUACCAACUUAUGAAAAUUAUGUAUUGUUGUAGUGUUGUUAAAGAGUUUUAAGGGUAAGUAAGACAGUGUUAAUAGCAAAAACGUGUUCUGAUAAGUGCAAGAUUCUAUGAAUCGGGCAAAAAGGCCUAAUUUACAUUAUUUAGCAUGACUAUUCAGCCUUUUCCCAAACCUAAAGCCAGUUUUAUAUAUGUUUCAUCAACAGAAAACGUGCACUCAAAAUACAAUUAACCAUGAGCAAAACACCCACGCCUUAGCUAACUAGUAUUACCUUUCAGCCUGGACCACAAGUUCUCAAACUGAGCGAUAAAAUGAUAACAUUUUGCAUGGUUACAAAAUCCAUGUAAUUUUUAUAAAUGACUACCGCAGAAAAGAGAACCUUAUUGAGUUCCCUCGCGACAGAAAGGGGAACACAAAAUCAAGCAACAGGAAAUUAACUAAGUUUUGAGUAUCAUUAAAAUAUACAUUUUCCAUUAUUGGUCAAGUUGAGAUACUUAAAAUGCCAUUUUAGACUUCUUAAAGUUGCGAGGCCGAGUUUUCGUUGAACGCUGUCUAGUGUUAGCCAAUUUUUUUCAUAAAAAUUCGGUGUUGCAAGCAGGCUCAUGUUUCACACUAAUUUAAAUUAGUUGACUUAACUUAGUUAAUUUUUUUAUAAAUUUAAUUAAAUCAUUAAUAUAUUUUUUACACAACCCUUUUGUUAAAAGAAAACCCAAGUAAUUUUUUGUUUCUUUUUUUUUUUUUUUUUUUGCGGUGAACUUUUUAGAAUUUGAAUAGGGAGAACUUCGAUUCAUCAAGGCCACCGAGAAUCGAAAAUGUUGGGGAACCUCUGACCUAGCUCAUAUUUUGUUAAAAGAAAACCCAAGUAAUUUUUUGUUUCUUUUUUUUUUUUUUUUUUUUUGCGGUGAACUAUUUAGAAUUUGAAUAGGGAGAACUUCGAUUCAGCAAGGCCACCGAGAAUCGAAAAUGUUGGGGAACCUCUGACCUAGCUCAUAAUACCGUGAUAUAAGUCUGGAGUAAGUGCUAAUAAAUCACUGCACCAGCUAAAACGUUACAGCACUCGACGACCGGCUCGCGUAUUGAUUUCUAACAAACCUGACAAAUUCAAUGCAGCCUUUCACGAGGCAGAACUAUCUGGAAUGUUCUCAAGUUCAGCAGAAACUCAACACUUCAACCAACCAGAUAAGCAUUUUAAAAACGGCUAAAGAAUUGUAUUUCAAAUGAAAAUUAUGACUUCGAUUACGACACAAAUGAAUUAAAUAAGGCAAUAUGAAUUCGACAAGCAUAAUGAGGAUAAUUCUUCAAUUGAAGUUAUGUGAGGAUGCUCGUAUCACGGACAAAGAAGCGGAAAAAAUAGUGGACAAAUACGUGGACAAAUAGGUGGAUAGAUAGAAGGAUAAAUAGGUGGAUAAAUAGGUGGACAAAUAGGUGGAUACAUAGAAGGAUAAAUAGGUGGAUAAACAGGUGGAUAAAUAGGUUGAUAAAUAGGUGGACAAAUAGGUGGACAAAUAGGUGGACAAAUAGGUGGAUAGAUAGAAGGAUAAAUAGGUGGAUAAAUAGGUGGACAAAUAGGUGGAUACAUAGAAGGAUAAAUAGGUGGAUAAACAGGUGGAUAAAUAGGUUGAUAAAUAGGUGGACAAAUAGGUGGACAAAUAGGUGGACAAAUAGGUGGAUAGAUAGAAGGAUAAAUAGGUGGAUAAAUAGGUGGACAAAUAGGUGGAUACAUAGAAGGAUAAAUAGGUGGAUAAACAGGUGGAUAAAUAGGUUGAUAAAUAGGUGGACAAAUAGGUUGACAAAUAGGUGGACAAAUAGGUGGAUAAAUAGAAGGAUAAAUAGGGGGAUAAAUAGGUGGACAAAUAGGUGGAUACAUAGAAGGAUAAUUAGGUGGAUAAAUAGGUGGAUACAUAGGUGGAUAAAUAGAAGGAUAAAUAGGUGGAUAAACAGGUGGAUAAAUAGGUUGAUAAAUAGGUGGACAAAUAGGUGGACAAAUAGGUGGACAAAUAGGUGGACAAAUAGGUGGAAAAAUAGGUGGAUAAAUAGAAGGAUAAAUAGGUGGAUAAAUAGGUGGACAAAUAGGUGGAUACAUAGAAGGAUAAAUAGGUGGAUAAAUAGGUGGAUAAAUAGGUGGAUACAUAGGUGGAUAAAUAGGUGGAUACAUAGGUGGAUAAAUAGGUGGACAAAUAGGUGGAUAAAUAGGUGGAUAAAUAGGUGGAUAAAUCACAUAGAAGAUGGGAGGAGGAGUGUCCAAAUAAUUAAGCCCCACACAAUAUAUCAACGUAAAGUCUUAGCUGGUUGUUUUACAUUGCAAAGUGUACGGAGUAAUUAUGUAACUAAUCUUGUUAAGUUGUCAUUUAGCAAGUUGUAGUCAAACAACUCAUGCAGGGCACCACAAGAGGAGGGAGAAGAAGAGGAAGACAAAGAAAAAUAUGGGAAGGUAACAUCAAGGAGUUGACGGGACUAAAACUAGGCGAUGCUGUGCGUAGUGCAGAAGUCAGAUACGAAUGGAGGAGGAUAGUUCACAUGUCAUCUGUGGCGCCCCAACGGUCCAAGGAUUAAGGGGCAUGCUGAUGAUGAUGAUGAUGAUGGGUCAAGGGGGAAAUGUUGGCAGUCUGCCUAGGGAUUAAAAGUCUCGAAUACCAAAAAUGUGUGUUCGUUGAAACUGAUAAUUCGUUGAAUGUAUUCCCUUUGCUUAUUAAGAUUAGUCUUCAUUCUUCAUGCUUUUCUUUUCAGGUCGACAGUGAACGAGAACAUGUUAAACCAUUCGCGACAAGCACCCGUCCCUAAUCAAACAGAAGACAAUUCGAAAAGUCAAAACACUGUCAAGAAAACGGAAACGAGGCCAGAUAAGAGAGUCUCCAAUGACGCAGGGCUGGACAAAGUUCAAAUACGAAUGAAAGAGGUUGUCAGUUUCCACAGAAGCACGAGCCACGGUGAAACCUCCAAGGCGCGACAACCGCAACCCCACAACCCGGAGGCGAAACUGCACGUUAACGCUUCGGAUGACGACGGGAUGUCCAGGGCACAAAGGCGUCCUCCGCGGCGUACCUACACCAUCUCAAAUGUUCAAGACGUCAUCAACAGUCUUAAAGAUGCACGUCAUGACGUCCGAAAGGUAUCGCGGAGCAGACAUCAAAGUCAAGACAUGGCCCUUGCGUCACCGUGGGUCACUCCGUCCGCAGAGGAUUCGGUGAACAAGAGAAAACCUUCCAUGGCCAGCACACAAACGUCUUUAGUCGAGAGCCCGAUUAGCAAGGUCAGCCUGUCUGAAGACGUUGCCGCCCUGAAGGGCUCACGGCCGUCACUGUCACUGGGUCACCUUGGGCCACGGGCAAGCUUUCAGACGAUGACCAAAAGGGUGACAAAUCUGCUGAAAUUUCGUAAUGCGAUGACACCAAGGAAGACAAGCGUAGUUGGGGGAACAAAUAAAGAUAAUGUGAGUUAUUUCCCUUUUUGCAAUCUUUAAUGCUUUUUGUUUUUAAAAAAAUAACUUUUUUUAUUUUAAGUAUUAAAAAACAAUAAUUAAAGUAAUGAAACGAAACGUAAACAAUUUCAGUUCUAAUAACUUGGCAUCAAUAGAGUUGUAGAACGUCGAAUAAAUUAUAGUACAGACCGCGGACAAUAUUAAAUCUUAUUGUGGACCAGAUAUAUAUGAAACCGAGACAUAGCUUUUAUAUCAAGUAUCGAAGAGGAUCAAAGGUUUAUUUCUGUGUUUUGUAAUCAUAUCGAUAUAUUUUCUUAACUAAGUUCAUUUGACAGAGUUACCUAUGUGUUUUAACUACACAGGUGAAUGGCGCAGAGAUUGUCGACAACUUGCCCAAAACUCCGCGGUUCUCAUCCUUCAUGUCCCCGGAGGCCCAAUACGCUAUGAUGAAAGGGUAUGAGGAUGUCAUCGCCGAUAAGCUUUCGACCAAAUACCCAGAGUACAACGACAUGAUCAAGAGGAAUAAGACGCCCCACCAUAGCGUCGCCAUCUCGGAAAAAUCCACGCUCGUGGCGACAAAGCUGGUGUCAAAACACGAGGUCCGUGUGAGGGCUAGGAAACCUCCAUACGUAACCGAUCAAGGUGCCUCACCAACAAACAUUGUCGUUGCAGAAAACAUGACUUUAACGGAGUUAGUAGAAAAUAAUAGCGAUGUUGGGGACGUCAGGAACAUUCAAAGAAAAUCUAGCCCCAGUUUGAACCCCGACACCGUUUCUCAAACUCGGGUCCCAAGUCCUCAACAAAAUGCCAAAGAGACUGCCAGCUCAUCCCUGGACAAUCUCCGACGCCUUUCUUUGGCGUUCCCAAUCCUGGCCGCCAAUAAAGCCGACAAAUCCAAUGAACUUCUCAUGGACAGCGAACGGGUCAGGACUCCGCUGACCAGGCGGCAUUCCGUCUACUCGUCGUCUCCGUUACCCCACGAUCGCCGCAUCGUGCUGUCGUACCGCAUGGAGCGCGCCAUGGACAUUCUUGACACGAUUCGUCCGAAAUGGGAGCACGCGCUGUCGCCGAGGGUCAAGGACGUGACCCGGCGUCUCGACGCCCCGGUGACUGAUUACAACAGGUGGGCCGAGCAGUGGGCCACCGAGUUUAAGACGGACACAGUCAACUAGCUGGAGUCACUACAUGUUUAUAGUUUGGCAAAUGUUAUAAAUGUGUUUAGCAUUUUCAAUGUGAUACAUUUAUUUAGUUUGAAAAUGUCAUAUAUGUGUUUAUUUUAAUUAAUGUGACACCUGUAUUUAAUUUGACUAGUGUGAUACAUGUAUUUAUGUUUAUUAAUAUUAUACAUUUAUUUAGCAUCACUAUUGUGAUACAUGUAUUAAGUUUGACUAAUAUGAUACAUUGUAUUGAGUGUUGCAGCCUUACUACAGUAGGGUGAAUGUAGUGGCUUUGAAUGCACCAAGUUAAUAAGUAGCUACACGGUUGUUUCACUUUAAGUGGGAAACAUUCGAGCCACAAAAAAAUCCAACCUUCCUACCAACGUAGUUUGGGGGGUGGGGGUGGGGUGUGCUAUUUCUGUAUCGUAUCUAACAGAUUGUGGAGGUGAUGGACAGAAGCAAGAACGGUGCUCUUCUGUUGCGAUUAGAGGAAAGUGAGACAUCUCGACCUACUUUAACAAUUACUUCCAGUUCGAUUAGAUCACGAAAUGGAGAUUUUUCCUUCCAAUAAUUCCAAUUUAGUUUACAUGCUUGUGAAAAUUUAGCCUAUUUCAGAGCUGUAGUUCAUAAAAAAAAAGUAUUCCAUAGGAGGGAAAUAGAUUAAAAAGCUUAUAUGAAAUAAGAGAAACUUAAAAUAACUAAUAUCCUGUGUCAUAUUUACAUUUUUUCCUUGUAAAAAAACGAACGACAAUGGUUUUCUCUGUCAGCU